AUGCCUCCCAGGGAGGACGGGGCACCAAAGUCUUUCACCUGGAUUACUGGCGAUCCACGAAGCAAGCAGAAUAUCACACAGAUCCGGCGACAUGCGGGGCAGAAUUCCGGGGUGAAAGCUGAGAACAACGCUAGAGCUCGCUCGAGCUCUUCGCCAAAGCCAGGACAUCGAGGCUCUGCAAAAGCGUUUAGAGCUGUCCAACCGACCUCGAAGGUCGAUGAGACGGCGGAAAAGCGAUUCAAAACCCAGGAUGAUCCAAGCAAUCUCCUUCAUGUGAAUUAUCCCUCCAGCACGGCGGAAAAUGCCGCUACUCCCUCGCUUGCCCACAAUAAUGAGCCGGUCAAUGCCUAUCAGCCAGUCCACCCCGCUCCGACGGUCCUAAGGGAAGCAACUUCGACGACCGAAGAGGCACCUUCGACGACACGAAAGGUCGCGAUCUGGGAUCUGGUCAAUCACUCGGCAGAGGAAGAAGAGAGGCAUAGACUGGAACUCCUGGCCUCGACCCCAGGACAAGACACCGACGAUGGCCGUCCCGACUAUUUCAGCACCCACAUCAACCAUACAGAACUCAAGCAAGCCUUGGGUGAAAUACGGGCGCAUUCACCACGAAAUUCUCGAAAAUUGUCUCCCUCCCCAGCCACCGCCGCCCUGCAAGCCAACAUUUCAAAACGCCGGAAACCCGCCGCGCAGGCAGGUCCCUCAAACGCAUCGUGGCGCAUCGGUAUGGCGCCCUCCGCCGUUAUUACUCUGUCCAAGGAAGACUCACAAAUCGAACAGAUUCUCCUACAAGCCAGCACCUUCUACACGAGCAAGUUCGAGUCUUCGUGGUUCAGACAGCUCCAUGAAAGCCAAAGUCCUUUCGACACGGUGAGCGUGGAAAACUUCAGCGGUUCCAUCACUACGGCUGCCGGAUUAAUGGCCAUUGGUAGAAUCGAUUCGGCCUCAUCAAUACUGAGCCGCGUUCUCCCAACCCUGUCGGACCUCUUGAUCUUACAGCACCCAAAGCUUUACUACGUCCUUGCCGAACUCAGUCUUGACACAUCCAGCACCGAACUGGGACGCCUGCGCAGCCAGGUGAAGAAGUUCGCUGCCGCCGCAUCUCUCACAAUCCUCGGUCCUGCCCACCCGAUCACGACCCUUCUCCAGCUCACCCUCACGAACGCCAACCAGCGUCUCCGUCUCCGCGAAUUGAUCCAGCGCAAAGUCCACGAACUGCACGAACAACUUUUCAGCGCUACCUCGCACGAGACAACUGGGCAGUACUACUACCUCGCGCGUGUGCUUGCACAACUGGGCCGUCUGGAAGAAGCCGUCCGCAUCCUCACCCAAAUCAUUCCCAUCUGGGAGAACACAUAUGGGAAAAAUAGCCUCCUGCCUGUCACCGGCCUCCUCGAACUCACCAAGGUCCAUCUCGCAUCAGGAAACACCUCCAAGGGCACGGAGCUUUUUGUGUCCGAUGCUCUGCGCCGCACACUCGCUGUCGAAAAAUCUUCCGGGGUCCAGUCCUCUCAGGUGGUGGAACUGGUGCACUCCAGGAUGGGCUGUUUGAGGACGUUGGGGCGGUUACACGUCAUGAGAGGAAAUGUGGAAACAGCUAUGAUGCAGUAUUCUGCAGCGGUGAGUGUGGGCGUCGGGGAGCUGGGCGCAGCUGUACCUGCGGUGCAACUCGCUGUGGCGGAUUUGGACACCAUAACUCGGAUGGCUGUGUAUCCAGACGACGAGGAUCUCCAGCGUGCAGAUCGAACAACGCCACCACCAGUAAGGCUCGGGCCGGACGUACGGGAAACGGCGCGGUUGAAUCUCACUGGUCUGAAUCCUGGCGGUUGUCAAUAA